AUGCCCAAGAUGACCUCCUCGCUGGCAGUCUCGCCUUUUCUCCUUCUCUUCCUCGUCGUCUCUCUGUAUGCGGCCGCCGCCGGUCACUAUGAGCCGCAGCAGCAGCAGCAGCAGCCAUUGAACCCGGGGGACUACACCGCCGCUCCGGUGGCCGGCGGCGAGGGAUCGUCCUCGACGGGGAGCACGGUGCCGGCGUUCCCGGUGGUGCAGGCUCAGAGCAACCAGACGUGCCAUCUGGACCUCUCUGACGAGCUCUUCGGCGGCGUGGCUGAGGCCUGCGGGCGCAACCUCGACCGGGGCCGCUGCUGCCCGGUGCUCGCCGCCUGGCUCUUCGCCGCCCACGCCCGCUCGGCGCUCCAACUCCCGUCGCCACCGCCGCCGCCGUACGACGGCGGCGACGAGGACUCCGGCGGAGGGCUCGGCUCUGAGAUGCCCAUGAUGCCGGACGACUCUCAGAAGUGCGUUGAUUCCCUGCAGAGCUCCCUGCAGAGCAGGAACAUCUUCCUAGCCCGCCCCAACGCUAGCUGCGAUGCCGUCCUCUGCUUCUGCGGCAUCCGGCUCCACCAGAUCGGCUCCCUCAGCUGCCCUGCCGCCUUCAACCUCACCACACCCUCCACCGACUCCUCCGGCGCGCCGCCGGCCUCCUCCUCCUUGUACAGGAACGCUACCCCCACGGCCGCCGUCAGGAACCUCGAGAAGAGCUGCCGGAACUCCUCCUACGCCGGCUGCACUCGCUGCCUCCAGUCCCUCGACAUGGUACUACCCUCUCCUCUUCUUCUUCCCCACCUGUCUCUUCUUCUUCCUCCUGAUCUGCACCUCGAUCGCUCCUUCGGACUCUUCCCGUUCGUGUUUCUCUUUUCCGUCUGGGUUUUGCGGCCGAGCUCGGCGUCGAGCUCGUUUCCUUUGAGUAAUGGAAAAGGAGGGAAAUUUAAUCUCUGGUCGACGCCUGUGGAUCCCGAAACAGUGGGAAGAAUCUGGGGAGAGUUUCCCCGGAUGUCUGAAAUAAAUGCCCUUCCAAAUAAAUUCAGGGAAUCUCUCUCUCUCUCUCUCUCUCUCUCUCUCUCUCUUGAUCAUUCCUCGGACGAGCUGGAAGACGCCCAGAUCCUUUACUCCCGAUCUACCCACCUACCCCUUCUUGUAGGAGAUUAUUCAAGUUUGGAACAAGGUUUGUGAUGCAGUACAGUUUCCUUUUUCUGGGGGGUUUUUGGGUGCAGCUCAGGGGAGGCGUGGGGCGCGGCGGCGCCGGCGCCGGAGGGGGAGAUCGGGCGAGCAGGAUGUUCGGAAGAGACUGCCAGCUGAUGGGGCUAACGUGGCUGCUCGCGAGGAACCGGACGGCGUACAUCCCCACCGUAUCGGCGGUGCUCCGAGCCAUCAUGUACAGCUCCCACCACCUCCCGCCGCCCCAUGGCGGCAGCGGCGCCACCGGCAAGCAGCCGCAGUAUCGCUGCAGCCCCGACCAGGAGAACAUGCCCCUCGCCGUUGACUCCCUCCAGUUCGAGAGGCUCGAGGACUCUGCGGCCGGCGGCGGCGGCGGCGCCGUUCUCCCCACCGUCACCGCCGCCGUGAUCUUCCUUUUCCUCUUCUUCUAUCCCAUCGCCUCGCCAUGA